CUUUGGAGACCUUGGAUCUCUUGAGACCAAGAUGGCGGCGGCAGCGGCGGCGUCUUGUGGCGGCCACGGGGGUCGCUUUCUGGCUUCCGGGCUGUUCCGCAACCGGGUGGCCAUCGUGACCGGCGGGGGCACCGGCAUCGGCAAGGCCAUCACUGCCGACCUGCUGCAGCUCGGUUGUAAUGUAGUCAUUGCCUCCCGCAAAUUUGACAGAUUAAAAUCUGCAGCGAACGAGCUAGCUGCCAAAAUUCCAUCCACAGUUUCUGCCCAGGUUACCCCUGUACAGUGCAACAUUCGCAAAGAAGAGGAGGUAGAGGCACUGGUGAAAUCAACAUUGGACCUUCAUGGGAGGAUAGAUUUCCUGGUCAACAAUGGGGGAGGCCAGUUUCCUAGCCCAGCAGAAGCAAUUAGUUCAAAAGGCUGGCAUGCUGUGAUUGAAACCAACUUAACUGGGACCUUCUACUGCUGUAAAGCAGUGUACAAUGCUUGGAUGCAGGAUCACGGAGGUGCUAUUGUCAACAUCGUGGCUGAUGUGUGGAAAGGGUUUCCUGGCAUGUCACACAGUGGUGCAGCAAGAGCCGCAGUCGAUAACCUGACCAAAAGCCUAGCCAUCGAGUGGGCCCACAGCGGAGUCAGAAUUAACUCUGUUUCCCCGGGAGUGAUAUUUUCAGAAACUGCUGUUGCACAUUACAAAGAUGGUGAAGAACUGUUUAAAAACUCUGUCCGAAAAAUCCCUGCAAAGAGAUUAGGACUUCCUGAAGAGGUAUCUCCCUUGGUGUGUUUCCUGCUGUCUCCGGCUGCCUCUUUUAUCACUGGAGAAACUGUGAAGGUUGAUGGUGGGCAGAGCAUAUAUAGUUCCCCAUGGGAAGUUCCAGAUCAUAAUAGAUGGCCACCUGCACCAGAUGGAGAUAAUGCCAAAGCACUCAAGAAGAUACUUUCAGGAAAAGCUUUGUCAAAGCUGUAAAACAAAGAAAUGGGGUUAGCCCCCUUCCAUGCCUGUCAGUGGAUAAAUGCUGCCUUUCAGUAAUUGAUUGCAAUCUUGAGCAGGCAUCCCCAAACUUCGGCCCUCCAGAUUUUUGGACUACAAUUCCCAUCAUCCCCGACCACUGGUCCUGUUAGCUAGGGAUCAUGGGAGUUGUAGGCCAAAAACCUGGAGGGCCGCAGUUUAGGGAUGCCUGAUCUUGAGGAUCACAGCCUCACUGGGGUAACAAACUGUGCCUUAGUUUUCUUCUUAUGAUUCCUCUGAAGAAAGUCUUCCCAGAACCAAACAACUGUCAACAUCUGCUGCUGCUAGCUUUGAUGUAAAAGGGUAAAUGCAUCUCUCAUGACCUCUGCUUUUGCAAUUUGCACUCUAAGCUCCGCUCACUAAAUCACGUACAUAUGCUGCAUUAAUAAGAUGCUGAAGUGAAUUACAGUUCUGUAGCUUGCUAUCAUCACAGCCUUUCUGGUUGCCAUGCAUUGAUUACUCACUUCUGCCAUAAGAGUCUUUGGCACAGCUCCCAGAGCUGAGAGAUGUUGGUGCACAAUAAACUGGUGGUUUGUAUCUA